AUGGGGUCAAAGUUCGACGAUCUUUGGGCCGCGGGCCUCAUUCCUGCGCAUUUGAAAACUGCCCCAAUCACAAACUAUAUUGCGCCAUUUGGUGACUUGAAUUUUCUAUUGGCUACCUCUACAAUAGGGCUUGCGAUCGUUGCAUUUUUUAUUAUUCAAAGCCCAGCGGCAUUUCUUCAUUAUACAAACAUCAUCCGAAGUAUCGAUAACAAAGGUCUUCUAGAUGGACCUAAGUUCUCUUAUCCAUUCGGCAACUCGAAAGAACGUUUAUUCCAAUCGCGCAAGUACUCAUUCGAGUGGGCACACCAGUAUGGCAAGAUCUAUCGUAUCUGGACAGGCUUGCACGCCGAAGUCGUAAUAACAACCCCGGAAGAUGUCGCCAAGUUUUACCAGGAUGCCAAUUCCCAUAACAAAACUUUUCACCGUCGCAGUGGCUGGGUAACCAAUUCGGUUUUAGGCGAAGCUGUUGGCUUCGUCUCGGGAGAUCGAUGGAGAGUCUUCCAAAAAAUCCUUGAUCCGCUUGUGUCGAAUAGUGUUGCUGUCAAACACAUCCCGCGUAUCAACCAAGCCGGGUCGGAGUUUGUGGCUAGCAUUCCGAAUGUACGAAUAGACAAAGGUGGCGCGAACGACCCACUCAUUAUCUCCGCUGCCAGAACAUUUAUGCCAUUCCCACUUCUUGAGACAAGUCGCGUCUUCUUUGGUGAGAUGGAGGACACAGAGAAGGCCGAGCUACUCGAAAUCGGGGGAAUUUACUCUAAAGCUUUGCUUUUACUUUUUGAGAACGGUCCAUUCAGGCGCUGGCUCGGAUACUGGAUGCAUACCCCAACUGAAUACAAAGCAACAAAGGAGUUUCUCAACCGCUGGGACUCAUUCAAUGACAAAAUUGCUCAGGCAAGACAGAAUAGAAAUGAUCUGCCCAUCACUCAACUCUGGAAGCAUGUGCACCAAGGCACCAUUACCCAGAAGGAGCUCAUUCAAACCAUCACUGAGAUGACUUACACCAAUCUAGAUGUGACCUCCCACGUUAUCACCACAACCUGUCUCUUCCUUGCCGAUAAUCGUGCGACCCAGGAUGCUCUUCUGGCCGAGAUUGACUUGCAUCGAAAUGACAUUGAGAAGUACCUUGGUCGAAAAGAUACGCUCUUGCAUUAUGCAUUUUUGGAGGCAAUGCGCCUGCAACCUGUUCUGCCUUUUACCUUGCCCGAGGCAUCAAUUACUGACAAGGAGCUUGGCGGGUACCACAUACCCAAGCAUUGUGACUACCGACUCCUAUGGGCUUAA